AUGUCGGUUUCCGCCCUCCUUCGAAGCCGUGUGCGACGGCCCUCGUACCUCAGUCGCCUGGCCAAGGCCGAAGACCUCCUUGAUCAUUUUCCUCAUGGCGCAUACAUCGGCUGGUCCGGUUUCACAGGUGUUGGAUAUCCCAAAAAAGUCCCCACGGCUCUGGCAGAUCACGUCGAGAAGAACGGCCUCGAGGGCAAGCUGAAAUAUACACUCUUUGUCGGUGCGUCGUCCGGCGCAGAGACGGAGAACCGCUGGGCGCGAUUGAACAUGAUUGAGCGUCGAAGCCCUCACCAGGUCGGCAAGGAGAUUGCCAAGGGCAUCAACAAUGGCAAUAUUAAGUUCUUCGAUAAGCAUCUGAGCAUGUUUCCGGCCGAUCUUACUUAUGGCUGGUACACAAGAGACAGGCCGAACAACAGAAUUGACGUCGCUGUUAUCGAGGCGUCCGCUAUCACAGAGGACGGAGGAAUCAUCCCAGGAGCAUCUGUCGGUGCCUCUCCAGAGCUUGUGCAGAUGGCGGAUAAGAUCAUCAUUGAAGUCAACACCGCUAGCCCCUCGUUCGAGGGUUUGCACGACAUCACCAUGUGCGAUGUCCCUCCCCGCCGGAAGCCCUACCUCAUCAUGCAACCCGAGGACCGCAUCGGAACCCCUCACAUUCCCGUCGACCCUGAGAAGGUCAUCGCCAUUGUCGAAUCCGACUACCCCGACCAAACGCAGCCCAACGCCCCUGAGGACGCGGGCUCGCAAGCCAUCGCCUCAAACCUAAUUGAAUUCCUCAAGCACGAAGUCACUCGCGGCCGCCUCCCGCAGAACCUCCUCCCCAUCCAAUCCGGCAUCGGUAACAUUGCCAACGCCGUCAUUGGCGGCUUGAGCAAGGGCGGUGCUGAUUUCACAAACCUCAAGGUGUGGACUGAGGUUUUGCAGGAUUCCUUCCUCGACCUGUUCGACAGCGGAAACCUUGAUUUCGCGACAGCGACCUCCAUCCGCUUCUCUCCUGAUGGAUUCAAGCGGUUCUACGAUAACUGGGAGCGCUACGCUGGAAAGCUCCUCCUGCGCUCGCAGCAGGUCUCCAACAGCCCUGAGAUCAUCCGCCGCCUGGGCUGCAUUGGAAUGAACACGCCCGUCGAAGUGGAUAUCUACGCGCACGCGAACAGCACUUGUGUCAUGGGCUCACGCAUGCUCAACGGACUCGGUGGCUCCGCCGACUUCCUCCGUAACUCCAAGUACAGUAUCAUGCACACGCCUAGCACGCGUCCCUCGAAGACGGAUCCCACCGGUGUCAGCUGCAUCGUUCCCUUCUGCACACACAUUGACCAGACGGAGCACGAUCUCGACGUCGUUGUCACAGAGCAGGGUCUUGCCGAUGUCCGCGGCCUCUCCCCCCGCGAGCGCGCCCGCGAAAUCAUCAAGAAGUGCUCGCACCCCGACUACACGCCCAUCCUGCAGGACUACUUUGACCGCGCCGAAUUCGAGUGCCUGAAGAAGGGCAUGGGCCAUGAGCCGCACCUGCUCUUCCAGGCGUUCAAGAUGCACCAGAACCUGCAGGAGAAGGGCACGAUGAAGAUCGACAGCUGGGAGUAG